AUGGACCAAACCAACAGGACAAGUGUAUCCCAUUUUGUUCUCUUGGGCAUUUCUACCUAUCCAGAAGAGCAGAUCCCAUUCUUCCUUCUUUUUCUACUCAUGUAUGCCAUCAAUAUUUCAGGGAACUUUGUCAUCAUUACACUGAUUAUCUCUGAUGCUCACCUCCAUAUCCCCAUGUACAUCUUCCUCAGUAACCUGGCCUUGGCAGAUAUCUGCUUCACCUCCACCACAGUCCCCAAGAUGCUACAAAACAUCUUCUCUCCUACAAAGGCCAUAUCUUAUAUGGGCUGCCUAGCCCAGACUUAUUUCUUCAUUUGCUUUGCAGCAAUGGAAAACUUCCUCCUGGCUGUGAUGGCCUAUGACAGGUACAUAGCCAUCUGCCACCCUUUCCACUACCCUAUGAUUCUGACCAGAAUUCGGUGUGCACAGAUAGUGGGUGUGUGCCAUGUCCUCUCCCACCUUCAUGCCUUGCUGCACACCCUUCUCAUGGGCCGCCUGGUCUUCUGUGAAGAAAACAGGAUCCUGCACUUCUUCUGUGACCUCUACCCUCUGAUGCAGAUCUCCUGUUCCAGCACCCGCCUCAACACUCUGAUGAUUCACACAGAAGGUGUUAUUGUCAUUAACGUAGCGUUGGCCUUCAUCAUUGCUUCUUAUGCCUGCAUCAUUUCAGUAGUUGUCCAGAUCCCCUCAGCCAAGGGGAAAUGGAGAACGUUUUCUACCUGUGGCUCCCACCUCACUGUGGUGGCUAUAUUCUAUGGCACCCUUACAUGGGUCUACUUCCGGCCCCUUUCCACCUAUUCAGUAAUCAAAGGUCGCAUAGUAACAGUCAUGUACACAGUGCUAACCCCCAUGCUGAACCCCUUCAUCUACAGCCUCAGGAAUGCAGAUGUCAAGGGAGCCUUCAGAAAAUGGAUGAGCAGAAUAAGGACUUCUUUCUUUGGAUAA